AUGACGGCACAUGAGGAAUCGUGGGACCUCGACACCGAUGAGAUUCGCUCCGUCGACUCUGAAGAGCUUUAUGAGACCAGACCCAACCGCUGGAAGGGCAACAAGGCGACAUGGAACACCUACACGCAGGAGGAGCGACUCCUCCAUCGCUCCAUGGAGAAACUCCGGAAUCGCGACUUAUCGGUGCACCUGUAUAACGCAUUCGCGCUCCGGAACCGUGCAGUACGCCCCAGCGCCGCGGGACAGCCUGAGGAAGCGGACACUGAUAGACCGCUGGAAGAAAUCGUCGACAGCGGCGAAUGGCGCCCGCCGAAUCUAUGGACGGCGUGGCCCAUGAACUCGCGCAUCGUGCCGGGCGACGACUUUCUAAAGGAAACUCACGAUGAGGACGACGAAUUCACCACGCGCUCCAGGAACGAACAGCUCCCCAGCACAGCGUUAGAAGAGGAAUUGACGGCUACGAUUUUACGCCAGGCGAAAGAGCGGUUUCUUCGCCGGCAGCGCAAGGCUCGAGAGCGAGAGGAAGCUGCGAGGACGCGGGACGAAUCCGCCAACGAGAGGGCGGCGGCGUCUUCCAUGUCUGCGCACUCAUCCGCGGUCUCUGACGAAGACGACGAAGACGAAGAAGGGAACACGCCUCCGCCAUCAGGACAAGGCGCGCAAGCGGCGGGGACGUCCGACGUAGAGGUCGAAAGGCCGAAGCGCAGCAAGACGUACGAACCAGUCGUCUCCGCCAACGACGAGCUCUCUGCCGACCUCCUCCGCCCUUCGGUCCGUCAUAUCCUAUCUACCUUGGACGACACCCUCACGGCUCUCCACAACGCCCGCCUCGCGGGCCUAAGCUACAUGACCGACUCGUCCGCCUCCGCGACCGACGUGGAGGACGACAACGCCUCGGACGCAGCUAGCGUCUCGUCCGCGGCGUCACGAGCGAGCUCAUCGGCGUCGAAGCGUAAGAAGAAGGGUCGGCCGCGGAGCAAGGCGCCCAGAACCCCGGAGCCCGAGUGGACGAGGGCGCUCGAGAGGAGAGGGCGACCGAAGAAGGUGGCGGUCCCGCUGCCGGGAGAGACGGAGAAGGAGAUGAAGAUCCGGAUUGCGAGGGCGUCGAAGAAGAGGAUCCCGUUCUCGUCGGACGAGGAGGACGCAGCUGCUGCUGCUGAGACGGAAGGGGAGGAUGCCGUCGUGAAGAAGGAUGAAGAGGGAUCGGGGGUGGAGACGUCGAGGUCGAGGCCGCCGAGGAAGAGGCGUGAUUUGCCGGCCGAGGCGCGGGCUGAGGCCAAGAUCAAGGCGCGGGAGACGAUGCUUGGGAAUUGGGGGCUGCGGGACUGGAGCGAUGUCGUUGGCGCGGCGUCGCUUUCUGGCUUCAAGCCUGAUGUUGUCGCGAGGGCGGCGCAGCGGUGUGCUGAUCUGUUCGGGCAGGGGAUGGAGAUGCGGACUCUGUUCGAGGGGCCCGCGACGAAAGGGCCGAAGCCGCAGACGACGCGGUACGUCCCCGGUGGAGGCAGCAGCAGCAACCGUCGUGGCGGUGGUGGUGCUACUGCCCCGUACGCGGGGGCGUCCAGCUCAGAAGACUCGGAGAAGGAGAGGCCCGUCGUGAAGGCACGGCGUUUCGGGGCGGCAUCUUCUCGACAGAAUAGUCUGGCGCGCGACAGUAUCCCACCCAGCGACUCUGACGCCACGGGACGAGGACGGAGCACGACGGCAGCGGCGGCAGCGAGACGAUCGCGGAGCGCAUGCCGCGCGUCGUCUGUGGGGUUCUUCUACUGUCCCGUAUCGGGCUGCGAGCGCUCGCUGGAAGGGUUCGGGCGGAGGGCGAAUCUGCAGCGGCACGUGGCGACGAUGCAUCCGGGCCGGGUAGGAGAUGCUUUGGGCGGCAGUGGCGGCGGGGGGAGCGACCGCUUCGACGUGGAGAGCGAGGACGAGAUGGCGGGUGCUGUGCACGUUGACGGGUUCAUGAGGCCUAUUCGGGCGAGGAAGGGGUGGAGGGCCGAGGAUACGGGGAAGAGGAAGCGGAAGAGGCAUUAUCGGGGGCGGAAGAGGGAUGAGAGCGAUGGUGGGAGUGAGAUUGGGGAGGCUGUGUUGGAUUCUACGUAA